AUGGAAGGUGGCAACACAACCACGGUCACCGAAUUUGUUCUCCUAGGACUAUCUAACAACCCUCACAUCCAGGCAGUACUAUUUGUAACAUUCCUGGUGGCUUACCUCCUGACCUUCACAGGGAACCUGCUGAUGCUGCUGGUGAUCAGUACUGAUUCCCACCUCCACAGCCCCAUGUACUUCUUCCUCAGCCACCUCUCCUUCCUGGAUGCCUUCUAUUCCUCCAUCAUUGUCCCUAAGCUGCUAGAGCACCUUCUUUCCAACUGGAAGACUGUAUCCCUCCUUGAGUGUUUCGCCCAGAUCUCCUUGGUCAUAUUUUCUGCAGCCACUGAAGCUUGCCUCCUUUCAGUCAUGGCCUAUGACCGGUUCCAGGCUGUGUGCCACCCACUGUUGUAUGCGGUGGCUAUGAACAGGAAGGUGUGCACUGGCCUGGUGGGAGCAUCCUGGGCCAUAGGAAUGGGGACGGGCUUAGUUAACACCAUCCUCCUGGCUCAGCAUCACUUCUGUGGCCCCAACCUUGUCCGGAGCUUUGCCUGUGAGCUUCCCCCAGUGCUCCUGCGCUGCUCUGACCCCUCCGUUAGCAUUGCCUUCAUCCUGACAAGCACAGCUAUUCUCGGCUUUGUCACCCUUGUUCUCCUGCUGGGUUCCUACACCUGUAUCAUCAUGACAGCCUUAAGGAUCAACUCUGCCACAGGUCGGAGCAAGAUCUUCUCUACCUGCUCAUCUCAUUUCCUUGUGGUCACCAUCUUCUAUGCUUCAGGACUUUCCAGGUACAUGACUCCAGCUUCCGGCUCAGUCUUGGAGCAAGUGCUGUCUGUGCAGUACAGUGUGGUGACGCCACUGCUUAACCCCCUCAUCUACAGCCUGAAGAACCAGGAGGUGAAGGCAGCUCUGAGGAGGAUGCUGACCAAGAAGCCCAGGCUUAGCUCCUAAGCCAGGCUCC